AUGAAGCCGCCUCGGGCUCUCCCUCGGUUUUCUGGGUCCUGGGAGGGAAGGGUCAGGUCUUGUUGUCAUUGGGCCGUGGAGAUUAGAGUGCCCGGCCUAAAGGCGGCUGGGCCGGCGGAGAGGGGAGGAGUCCCGGGGCCAGCCCACAAGGCCCCGCCCCCGGGACCGGCCCAGGAGCUCGCUGCCGGCGGCCGGGUCAGGCCGGGGGCCACGGCGGCCCGGUCCCUGAGCCGCCGCACCAGGCCCUCCAGGAUUGGGCGCCGGGUCCCGCUGGCGGGCGUCCGGGGCACUCUGCGCCCAGGUUCCGGACCGUGGGAAGGUGACCCAAGGCGCCCCGACCGUCGAGCCCCUUCCGGUCCGGCCAUCCGGCGCUUCCGGCCGGAAGGGGCUCAGUCGGGAUGCCGAAGGGAAGUCCCGCCCCUGCCGCGCCGCCGACGCCAAGGUUUCCGCAGAUCUGAUUCCGGAGCUGCCAUGAUUGAAGUGGUAGCAGAGCUGAGCAGGGGUCCUGUGUUUCUGGCGGGGGAGGCGCUGGAAUGUAUGGUGACCGUCACCAAUCCCCUGCCUCCCACGGCCACUUCUGCGUGCAGUGAGGCUCUGGCCUGGGCCAGUGCUCAAAUCCACUGUCAGUUCCAUGCCAGUGAGAGCCGAGUAGCACUGCCUCCCCCUGACUCCAGUCAGCCAGAUGUCCAGCCUGAGAGCCAGACUGUCUUUCUGCCACACAGAGGAGAGAGGGGUCAAUGUAUUCUUUCUACUCCACCGAAAAUCCUGUUCUGUGACUUGAGGCUAGAACCUGGAGAGUCCAAAUCAUACUCCUACAGUGAAGUGCUGCCCAUAGAGGGACCACCCUCCUUUCGGGGUCAGUCAGUCAAGUAUGUCUACAAACUGACCAUUGGCUGCCAGCGUGUCAACUCCCCGAUCACUUUACUAAGGGUCCCUUUGAGGGUUCUUGUGCUGACUGGCCUUCAGGAUGUCCGGUUUCCCCAGGAUGAGGCUGUAGCCCCAUCCAGUCCAUUCCUGGAGGAGGAUGAAGGUGGAAAGAAGGAUUCAUGGCUAGCUGAGCUUGCUGGGGAGCGCCUCAUGGCUGCCACAUCCUGCCGCAGCCUCCAUUUGUACAACAUCAGUGAUGGCCGAGGGAAAGUUGGGACAUUUGGCAUCUUCAAAUCUGUAUACAGACUCGGCGAGGAUGUGGUGGGGACUUUAAACUUAGGGGAAGGAACCGUAGCUUGUUUGCAGUUUUCAGUAAGCUUGCAGACUGAGGAGCGGGUACAGCCUGAGUACCAGCGGCGUCGUGGGACAGGGGGUGUCCCUUCUGUGUCCCAUGUGACUCACGCCCGGCACCAGGAGUCCUGCUUGCAUACAACCAGAACCAGCUUCUCCCUCCCCAUUCCUCUCAGCUCCACUCCAGGCUUCUGCACAGCAAUUGUGUCCCUGAAGUGGCGAUUGCAUUUUGAAUUUGUCACAUCCCGAGAACCAGGUUUGGUGCUCCUACCCCCCAUGGAACAGCCUGAGCCUGCCACCUGGACAGGGCCUGAGCAAGUGCCCGUAGACACCUUUAGCUGGGACCUCCCCAUCAAGGUGCUGCCUACGAGCCCCACCCUGGCCUCAUAUGCUGCCCCAGGCCCCAGCACCAGCACCAUAACCAUCUGAAACUGGCCCAACUGCCUACUUGUCUUCAGGAUACUGAGAACCAGCACCUGGACUCUAGUAGGGCCCACUUUUCCCACCUGGGGCCCAAGGGCAUGGACAAUGAGAGGCAGGCUUUCAGCGGUAGCAUUAACUUAUUUAUUCAGAAUAAAUUCGUAGCUGCUAGUGGUUUCCCUGGAAGUGGCAGCAGCAGUGGGCAGUCAGCAUAAGGGUGAUCAGAUGAAUUUAACUGGAGUGGGGAGCAGGAGCCCCAGGAUCAGGAGUGUUAGCUGAGCCCCACUCUGGGUUGGGCCCUCCCCCUUUGCAGGGCAGUCGGGGGUCAGAUUUUUGCACCAGGGAGAACUGGCAGGUUCCUGCCUCCUGAUGUACCUCACAUCCAGCAGGGAAGUCGAUGGGAUGCUGGGACCUAAGGAACCAAAGGAUGGGGAAGGAGUCAACAGAGUGAAGGAUCACCUAUAUUCCUGCCCACAUCCCUCUCUCCCAGCAUUCCUCCCAUAUCUUCCUUCAGUGCUUCUCUGCUCCCCCUCACUAAGCUCUAGCCUGCCAUAUAUGGACUUUUUCAUUUCAUAGCAGAAAUAUUUUCUUUUCAGAUAUACCCUUGCCUCCCUCACUUUUUAGUCUGAUGCCUUAUUUUUCACACUUCUGUUGGUACCUUCAGGUUUGGCCUGUCUCAUACUGCUGUUCUGUUCAUUGUCACAUCACAGCACUCAAGUCACUCCCUGGCCAUCCCUUAGCCACUCAUGUCUCUGGCCAUCUGUGGUCACUCACGUGUCACAGCAGCCC